AUGGCACGGAAACCAAACUACACCAAUAUCGAAAUCGAAAUUCUAAUCGAAGAAGUACAACAUAAUAAGGAUAUUUUGAAUUCCGCCUUCUCAGAUAUAGCCACAAAUUCCAGCAAGCAAAGAAUGUGGACAAGUAUUGCUUCAAAGGUCAGCGCCGUCAGCUGCGGUGUGGAGAGGUCGGCGGAAGAUGUGAAAAAGAAAUGGAGAUGAAACAUUUCUUGUGACACAAAGAAGAAGUUAUCAACUGCCCGUAAGGAAGCCAGAAAGACCGGGGGAGGAGUUUCGGCGAGAGAAAAACUCAGUCCCAUUCAACAAAAAAUAGCUGAGACUAUGGGCCAAACAGCCAUUCAGGGGAUCCCCGGCGGAUACGACAGCAGAGAUUGUACAAGCACCAUCACACAACCUGUUGAGCAUGUACACGGGGAGGAUAGAGAGGUAGAGGAAUAUAAAUCCAGUGAGUCCACGCAAAUAUCUCAUGUCCCAUGCAAGUAUAGGAAACGGAAGAGAUCUUCCACCCUCGAUGAAGAGCACAAUCUCCUGCAGAUAGAAAAAGAAAGAUUAGAGGUACACAAUAGAUAUUACUGCAUUGACGAAAGAAGACUCGAGUUGGAGGAGAGAAGAUGUUAUUUAGAGGAAGAAAGAGGCAAACGAGGUUAUAUUAUUUGUGAUGCCAACAGAGUGCCGAAAUACUAUGUUUCACCAGCAGAAUUCUCUAAUUUUCAAUAA